UCGGGCAUUCGCUCACCCGCUCCCGGGCCGUGAAUCCCCCGACAUCCCUGCUCACGGUUAUGGCGCGACACGUGUUCCUGACUGGGCCCCCAGGAGUUGGAAAAACAACAUUGAUCCAGAAAGCCAUUGAAGUCUUAAUAGCAUGUGAUAUGCCUGUUGAUGGAUUUUAUACAGAAGAAGUCAGACAGGGAGAAAGAAGAAUUGGAUUUGAUGUUGUCACCUUAUCUGGCAUGAGAGGGCCUUUGUCCAGAGUUGGGUCAGAGCCUGCACCUGGAAAAAGUGAAUGCAGAGUUGGGCAGUAUGUGGUGGAUCUGACUUCCUUCGAGGAGUUGGCACUACCAGUAUUAAGGAAUGCAAGUUCCAGCAGUGGUACAGGACAUGGGGUGUGUGUCAUCGAUGAAAUUGGAAAAAUGGAGCUCUUCAGUCAGCCUUUCAUCCAGACUGUUCAUCAGAUACUGUCCACCCCGGGGACUGUAGUUCUUGGUACAAUCCCAAUACCGAAAGGAAAACCACUGGCUCUUGUGGAAGAAAUCAGAAACAGAAACGAUGUUAAAGUGUUCACUGUCACCAAGGAAAACAGAAACCGUCUUCUGCAGGAUAUUGUGAUGUGUGUGCAGAGCAGCAGGAAGUGAAAACAAGUUGCAUCACUACCGUGGCUGCUCCUGAGGAGUCUGAUCAGUGCCUUCCGCAUCAAGGUUUUAUGCCAUGGGCUUCAGAAACCCUCCUGGGCUUUCCUGAAGAAUGCCUGACAGCUGUUUUCCAUAAAAUGUUUAAAAAGACUAAAUUAGCUCUAAGGCUGGAUUGACUCUAUAUGAUUAACAAUCCAUUGAGGUUUGUUUAUGCUGAAAUAUUUCUUUUUAUUUCCUCAUGCAGUCUUGCAUAUGAUUUGGGUAAAUUUUGAAAUUAAAAAAAGAAUUGUUUUCAGAGUUUCAGAUGGAAUUUUCCCUCAUUGAAGUUUAUAAUGUGUUCAAGUGAAGGGGAAGAAUUCAGUAAUCAAUUUUUCACAUCAAGAAAAUUAAAUUCCUCUCCAGGUGCAGCUGCAGGCACGUGCAACUUACGCUGAUAAUAAAUAAUGUGCUUUUUAAAAAUUGUUAUUUCAAAAGAAACCCAUUGUAGGUCCUUUCUCCAUCCAUCUUGUAUUGUUUAUUUGCCUAAUAAUAAAGUUUUUUAAAUGUGAA